AUGAAUAACCAGGCGCGGACCCCAGCCCCCUCCUCGGCGCGGACCUCAGCCCCCUCCUCGGCGCGGACCUCAACUUCAGUCCGGGCUUCUACCCCGACCCGGACACCGACUCCACUCCGGACUCCGACUCCAGUCCGAACUCGGACCCCGAUCCGGACCCAGACUCCAGUCCUAACUCCGUCUCCGGCCCGGCCUCCCGCUCUGGUCCAGACUCCCGCUCCAGCCCACAUCCCCACUCAGGUCCCGACUCCUGCUCUGGCCCGGAUACCCCGUCCGGUUCCGCCUCCUGCUCGGGCCUGGAUCCCUACUCCGGUCCGUGCUCCUGCUCCCCUCCGGAACCCAACUCCGGUCCCGACUCCGGCUGGGACCCUGACUCCUCCAGUCCGGGUCCCAGCCCCAGUCCCAGCCCCAGUCCUGGCGGGGAUUCGGACCGCGCUCCCCGCCUUGGACUCCUACCCGGCCCCGGCCCCGGCCCUACCUUUGGAUCCGCCCCCGGAACCUGCUCCGGAUCCGCCCCCGGAAUCUGCCCCGGAGCCGCUUUUGUCGCCCGAGGAGGACCCUGAGCCGGCGCCGAGCCUGAAGCUCAUCCCGUCGGUCUCCAGCGAGGCCGGGCCCGCCCUGGGGCCCCUUCCCGCUCACACUCCUCUGGUCGCGAACUCAUCCGGGCCCACCCUGGACUUCACCUUCAGGGCAGACCCGUUGGCCACCGGCCUGGCAGAUCCCCACAUGCCCAGCCCUGUUCCCGCGCCCAUCCUGGGGACCAUCCCGUCGGCCCUCCCCUUACAGAAUUCGACGGAAACCUUCGUCUCCACCAGCGAGAACUUCGCGCUGGACAAGAGGGUCCUGAUUCGAGUGACCUACUGUGGCCUCUGAAGCUAUAGCCUUCGGUACAUUCUACUGAAAAACAGCCUGGAGCAGCAAUUUCCAAAUCACCUACUCUUUGAGGAGGACAGAGCUGCCCAGGCUACAGGGGAGUUUGAGGUGUUUGUGAACGGGAGACUGGUCCAUUCCAAGAAGAGGGGUGAUGGCUUUGUGAACGAGUCCGGGCUGCAGAAAAUUGUGAGCGUUAUCUAUGAGGAGAUCAAGAAAAGGUAG